AUGACGGUGAAGGAUGUUAGGAGUAAGAAGGAAGAGAGAUCACUAGUUGUUGUAUCGGAGGAGCAUCAAGUUUACACUUUAGGAGCUCAAGAAAAAGCUUGGAGGAUGAUCAACUGCGAGCAUCCCCAUCGACCCCAUCUUCCUCCUUAUCAUACUGCUAAUGAGCUAUGCAUAAACGGAAUCGUGUUUUAUUAUGGUUGGAUCAGAAAGGAAGCAUCUUUGAUAAGUUUUGAUGUGAGAUCUGAAGGGUUUGAUGUCAUCAAGUUACCGUUACCUGAGGAUGAGCGGCAUCUACAAGAGAUUUCUUGCCUUGGGAACUACGGUGGGAAAAUAGCUUUGAUGAGUCGGGUGUAUAGUCUUACACUUGACAUGCACGUUCUUAAAAAUGCCAGCAAACAAGAAUGGUCAAAGGUUUCUAUCUUGGUUCCUUGUCGGAGAGACUUAAGUGAGCAAUACAUGUUCAAAUUCAAAGGUGCACUUAGUACAGGUGAGCUUAUCUUUGCAUCCUACUCUGUCACGGGCCAAUUCUGUUUAUUCUCUUACGAUCCCAAGGAAGACACUGCCAAACAAAUUUUGAUUUAA